ACAAAAUCAAAUUCUUUUUCAUGUCAUCUCAAUCGGUCGUGAUGAAGAAGAAAACCUGGGGUGGGUUUGCUAUUGUUGCUAUUAUGGCUAUCAUAAUGGCAAGUAUGCUUGCUCUUAUUGAGGGUAGAAAGGAAGUUAUAGGACACACUGGUAAAGGUCAAGUUAAAUUUGAUGGACCUGUUGUCGGUAUCGAUCUUGGUACUACAUACAGUGUUGUUGCCAUCUAUAAGAAUGGUGCUGUUGAAGUUAUUCCAAACGAUCAAGGUAACAGAAUUACUCCUAGUGUUGUUUCAUUUGAUUUGUCAAAUAAUAAUCAAAAACUUGUUGGUGACUCUGCCAAGAACAAUGCCGUCUCUAAUCCAAAGAAUACUUUCUACGAUGUCAAGAGAUUGAUUGGUCGUAGAUAUAAUGAAGUUUUGAAUAAGGAUGCCAAGCUCUUGUCAUAUGAUUUGGUUAACAAGGAAGGUCGUGUUUAUAUCAAUGUUCAAAAUAAGACCACUUCUCCAGAAGAAUUGAGUGCUCAAGUUUUGGUCAAGAUGAAGCAAAUUGCUGAAAAGUAUUUGGGUGAACCUGUUAAACAUGCUGUCAUUACUGUUCCUGCUUAUUUCAACGAUCAACAACGUCAAUCUACAAAGGAUGCUGGUCGUAUUGCUGGUCUUAACGUUAUUCGUAUUGUCAACGAACCAACUGCUGCUGCCAUGGCCUAUGGUUUGUACAAGAAGGAUAAGGAAGAAAAUAUCUUGGUUUUCGAUUUGGGUGGUGGUACUUUUGAUGUUUCUUUGUUGACUAUUGACCGUGGUGUUUUUGAAGUUAUUGCUACUAAUGGUGAUACUCACUUGGGUGGUGAAGAUUUCGAUGCUAGAACUAUUGAUUUGUUGAUUUCUCUCUUCACUAAGAAGCAUCCAGAAAUCAAGGCUGACAGAUUGUACAAGGAUUUGAGAGCUUAUCAAAGAUUGAAGCGUUCUGCUGAAGAUGCUAAGAGAUCUCUUUCAGCUGACACUAGUGUUAAGGUUGAAAUUGAUAAUUUGAUUGAUGGUAUUGACUUGUCUCUCACUUUGUCUAGAACUCAAUUCGAAAAUGCCAACAAGGACUUGUUCAAGAAGACUUUGCUCCCUGUCCAACGUGUAUUGAAGGAUGCUAAUUUGGAAAAGAGUGAUAUUGAUGAAGUUGUUUUGGUUGGUGGUUCUACUAGAAUUCCAUUCAUUAGACAACAAUUGUCUGAAUUCUUCGAUGGUAAGGAACUCCAUGUUGAUGUCAACCCUGAUGAAGCUAUUGCCUAUGGUGCUGCUGUUCAAGCUGCUGUUUUGGCUGGUACUAUGGAUGAUAAGGAUAUUAUCUUGAUUGACGUUACUCCAUUGAGUUUGGGUAUUGAAACUGUUGGUGGUGUUAUGGCUACUAUUAUUCCAAGAAAUACUCCAAUUCCAACUGAAAAGUCUGAUAUUUUCACUACUACUGGUGAUUACCAAACCAAAUUGGCUAUUCCAAUUUAUGAAGGUGAAAGACGUAUUACUAAGUUCAACAGAUUGCUCGGUGAAUUGCAAUUGACUGAAAUUCCACCAGCUCCAAAGGGUGUUCCACAAAUUAAGGUUGUCUUCCAAUUGGAUCAAAAUGGUAUUCUUAAGGUUAUUGCUGAAGAUCAAGCCACUAAGAAUAGAAAGGAAAUUGAAAUUAAGAAGGGUAGCUUGUCUGAUGAAGAAAUUGAAAAGAUGACCAAUGAUGCUGAAUCCAAUGAACAAGAUGAUCGUGACUUCAUGGAAAAGAUUGAAGCUAGAAAUAAGCUUGAAAGCUACAUUGCUACUUUGAAGCAACAAUUGGGUACUAAGAAUAUUGUCAAUCGUUUGAAGUCUCAAGAUAAGAAUGCCAUUUUGGAUAAGCUUCGUUUGGUUCUCCGUUGGAUGAAGGCCAAUGAAGAUAAGCCAACUGUUAAGAAGGAACACUUCAUUGCUCAAUACAAGAAAUUGAGAAGCACUGCUGGUCCAAUUUUGGCCAAGCUUUAUGGUGGUGCUGACAGUUUGACUGAUGAAGAAAUUUUGGGUGACGAUUUCGAGGAUGAUUUCGGUGAAGAUUCUACUUUGGCUGAAGAUGAAUUUGGUUUGAAGAAUGAAGACGAUGAUAAGCCAAUUAGUGAUUCUCCAAAGGACGAAUUGUAAAUUAACAUUUCUAGAGCAAAAAAAAAUUUAAAUUAAACUUAUUUAUUAUUGAAAA